CUCGGCUUCAGCAGUAAGCCAUGGCAGCGAAAGGGUUCUUCAUCAGCAAGGCGGUCGGGGUAGUAGGCAUCAUCCUGGGCGCUGGGGCCGUGGCCACCAUCAUUGUCCUGUCCGUUGCCUACAGCCAGGAGAAGUCCAAGAAUGUUGAGGUAAACCCCACCACCACCACCACCACCGGCGUACCUGUCACCACCCCAGCCCUCAAUGAGCCGUGGCACCAGUACCGGCUGCCGGACUCCAUACUGCCGGACAGCUACGAGGUCACCCUGUGGCCGCGGCUGACGGAAAACUCAGUCGGCCUGUACAUCUUCACCGGCGACUCUGAGGUCACCUUCAGGUGUGUGAAGGAGACCGACCUCAUCCUCAUCCACUCCAACAAGCUCAACCUCACGGUGAAUGGCAACAGCAAGCUAGCCACGCUGACCGCCGAGGACGGCUCAAUGCCCCCAGCCAUCACAGACACCUGGCUGGAGGUGCGGACUCAGUACCUGGUGGUCAAACUGAACGGUAAUCUGAAGGUCGGCCAGCGCUACGUGCUGCGUACUGAUUUCACAGGGGAGCUGGCAGAUGACCUGGGUGGCUUCUACAGGAGCGUUUACAUGGAGGAUGGCGUGGAGAAGGUGGUGGCUACGACUCAGAUGCAACCCACCGAUGCAAGGAAAGCCUUCCCGUGCUUUGAUGAGCCGGCCAUGAAGGCCAUCUUCAACAUCACCCUCAUCCACCCACGGGGCACUGUGGGCUUGUCUAACGGCAUGGACAUCGAGACUGUGAACGUGACUAUUGAUAAAAUGGAGGUUACCAGGACUAAAUUUGCCCCAACACCAAAAAUGUCAACUUACUUGCUGGCAUUCAUUGUCAGUGAUUAUGAUUAUAUACAAGCAAUGGAAGGAGAUGUUUCGAUCCGUAUCUUUGCACGCAGAAAGGCCAUUGCAGCAGGACAAGGCGAGUAUGCCCUUAACGUGACCGGACCCAUCCUCAAAUUCUUCGAGACAUAUUACAAUGCUACUUACCCACUGAAAAAGUCAGACCAGAUUGCCCUGCCCGACUUUAACGCCGGAGCCAUGGAGAACUGGGGCCUGAUCACCUACAGGGAGACGGCCCUGCUCUACGACCCCGACGUGUCUUCCAACGGCAACAAGGAGAGGAUUGCCACCAUCAUAGCGCACGAGCUCGCACACAUGUGGUUUGGAAACCUUGUGACCCUGAAGUGGUGGAAUGACCUCUGGUUAAAUGAAGGCUUUGCGUCUUAUGUGGAGUAUCUGGGCGCCGACUACGCAGAGCCAGCGUGGGGCGUUAAAGACCUGAUUGUCCUGGGAGACGUGCACAGAGUGUUUGCAGUGGACGCCCUGGCCUCCUCUCAUCCCUUGUCCUCCAAAGAGGAGGAGAUCCAAAGACCUGAGCAGAUCAGUGAACUCUUUGAUGCCAUCUCCUAUAGCAAGGGGGCUUCUGUUCUAAGAAUGCUAUCCAACUUCCUCUCUGAAGAUGUCUUUGUAAUAGGACUGAGUACGUACCUGAACCAGUUUGCCUUCAGUAACACUGUCUACACUGACCUGUGGAACCACCUGCAAGCAGCCGCUGAGAAGACUGGAACCAAGUUGCCAGCAACAGUCCAUGACAUCAUGAACCGCUGGGUCCUCCAGAUGGGCUUCCCUGUGGUCUCCAUAGAUACCGCCACUGGAACUGUAACCCAACAACACUUCCUGCUGGACCCUGACUCUGUUGUGGACAGGCCGUCUGAGUUCAAUUAUACAUGGUAUGUGCCCAUUACAUGGCAGAAGAACUCUGUGAAAGGUGCAGACUUUUGGCUGCUGGAAAAAUCAGAUUUGAAUAAUGACCUUAAGACAACUAGCGCUGAUCAGUGGGUGCUGGCCAACCUCAAUGUGGCAGGAUACUACAGAGUCAAAUACGAUGAUGCAAAUUAUGCGAGGCUUCAGAAUCAACUCACAAUGGCUCAUGAACUUAUUCCAGUGAUCAAUAGAGCCCAACUUAUCGAUGAUGCUUUUAAUCUAGCAAGAGCGAAACUCGUGCCAACAACACUACCUCUGGAGAUGACCAAGUAUUUGAACAAUGAGAGAGAGUAUAUGCCAUGGGAGUCUGCUCUGGACAACCUGGACUUCUUCUACCUGAUGUUCGAUCGCACGGAGAUCUACGGCCUCCUGCAGACGUAUAUCAUGAAACAAGUGGAGCCCCUCUUUAACCACUACAAGGACAUCACUGCGGACUGGACCAAAGUACCAGAACGGCACACUGACCAGUACAACCAGGUGAAUGCUCUGAGGAUGGCCUGUAGCACAGGGAUUGAAGCAUGCACUGACCUGGUCACUAAAUGGUACGGUAGCUGGAUGAACAACACACAGAACAACCCGAUCCAUCCCAACCUACGGUCUGUAGUCUACUGCAGUGCCAUUGCCGCUGGUGGAGUGAAAGAAUGGGACCAUGGCUGGAAGAUGUUUAAAGAGGCAACCAUCGCCAUCGAGCAGGACAAGCUCAGGGCUGCCCUAGCCUGCGCUUCACAGCCUUGGCUCCUGAACAGGUACCUGGAGUACACCUUGAAACCAGACAUGAUUCGGAAACAGGAUGCUACUUCUACUAUUGUCUACAUUGCCAAUAAUGUGGUGGGCCAACCUCUGGCUUGGGACUUCAUGAGAGCAAACUGGGUGUACAUUUUCAAUGAGUAUGGAGGUGGAUCUUUCUCUUUCUCAAAUCUAAUCAAUGGUGUGACCAAAAGAUUUUCUACAGAAUUUGAACUGAAACAGCUCCAGCAGUUCAAGCAGGACUACGCCGAUGUGGGCUUUGGAUCAGGCACCCUGGCUGUGGAGCAGUCUAUUGAGAGAACACAGGCCAACAUCAAAUGGGUAGCAGAAAACAAAGUCAUUGUGGAAACGUGGCUUAAAUCGGCAAUUUCACCGUAAUCUAUAUUACAAGGGAUCACAUUGUCCCCGGAGCAACUUGGGG